UUCGUUUACUCUUCUUUGCCAUUUUUCUGAAAAACUCUCUCUCUCUUCUAUCUCGCUCUAAUCUCUAUCGAUAUUUACGGCUUCGCUUUCUUUUGAUCUUCAAAACCUAGGGUUUGGCUCAACAACAAAAAAAAAACUUGAAAAAGCUCUCCGUCUCGAAUCUCUCUAUUCAAUUUUAGGGUUUACAGAUCUGUUCGGCUGUUAAUCUCUGAUUCAAAUAUGUUUUGGAAGCUUCCAGUCCUGUCGUCUUGUUCGCCGGUUGAAGCAGUACUAGACAAGGAAAAUUUCACUUUGGAAGAGCUUCUUGAUGAAGAAGAAAUAAUCCAAGAGUGCAAAGCUUUGAACAGUCGUCUCAUAAAUUUUUUGAGGGAGAGAACACAGGUUGAGCAGUUACUGCACUACAUUGUUGAAGAGCCUUCUGAGGAUGCUGAUAGCAAACAAACAUUUAAGUUCCCUUUCAUUGCCUGUGAGAUAUUUACGUGUGAAAUUGACGUCAUCCUUAAGACUUUGGUGGAUGACGAAGAGCUAAUGAAUAUGCUCUUUUCCUUUUUGGAACCAAGUCGUCCCCAUAGUGCCUUGCUGGCUGGGUACUUUAGUAAGGUGGUGAUAUGCCUUAUGGUGCGGAAGACUGCUGCACUUAUGAAUUAUGUUCAGGUCCAUCAUGAUGUUUUCCAACAGAUGGUGGAUUUGAUUGGUAUCACAUCCAUAAUGGAGGUUUUGGUGCGACUUGUCGGAGCUGAUGAUCAUAUGUACCCCACUACUAUGGAUGUGAUGCAAUGGUUGACUGAGAGCAAUUUAUUAGAAAUGAUAGUGGACAAAUUGAGCCCCUCUUGUUCUCCUGAAGUACAUGCUAAUGCAGCAGAAUCACUAUGUGCAAUAACCAGAAUCACACCAUCCCCUUUGGCCACCAAACUAUCAAGCCCAAGUUUUGUAGCCAGGAUAUUUGGUCAUGCCCUUGAAGACUCACAUUCAAAAUCUUCCCUUGUCCAUUCGUUGUCUGUCUGCAUCUCUCUGCUGGAUCCAAAAAGAUCAAUUCCAUCAUCUAUGAUGUAUUCUUUCCGGAACCAGCAGAUGUAUGAGUCUCCCGUGCAUGUCGAUCCGGACACUAUCGAUGCAAUGCUUCCUAAACUUGGUGGUUUGCUUGAGCUGUUGAAUGUAUCAUCUGAUGAGAAGGUUCUGCCAACAACAUAUGGAGAACUCAGGCCGCCUCUAGGAAAGCAUCGUUUAAAGAUAGUGGAAUUCAUUUCUGUGCUACUGAAGACUGGUAAUGAAGUUGCAGAGAGAGAAUUGAUCAGCUCUGGGACAAUUGAGAGGGUCCUGAAUCUCUUUUUUGAGUACCCCUAUAACAAUGCAUUACAUCAUCAUGUGGAGAGUAUAAUAUACUCAUGCUUAGAAAGUAAGACCAACACAAUCAUUGACCAUCUUUUUGAGGAGUGCAAUUUGAUUGGGAAAAUAAUUCGAACAGAUAAACAGCCUACAGUUUCUGGUGAUGGAAAUCAGCCCACCUUACCAGCUACUGGAAAACAAGCACCCCGAGUAGGUAAUAUAGGGCAUAUAACUAGGAUUUCUAACAAACUUAUUCAGUUGGGAAACAGCGACAACUGCAUUCGAGCACAUCUUGAGAAGAAUAUGGAAUUUAGUGAUUGGCAUACCACUGCCUUACAGGAGCGUAAUACAUUAGAAAAUGUCUACCGCUGGGCUUGUGGCCGACCUACUGCAUUGCACGACAGAACGAGGGAGAGUGAUGAGGAAGACAUUCAUGACAGAGAUUAUGAUGUAGCUGCUUUAGCGAAUAAUCUGAGUCAAGCAUUCCGCUACACCAUAUAUGAUAAUGAUGAUGCUGAAGAGGGGCGUGGAGCUCUCGAUCGAGAUGAUGAGGAUGUUUAUUUUGAUGACGAGUCUGCUGAAGUUGUGAUAUCAUCCCUAAGGUUGGCAGAUGAUCAGGGGAGCAGUUUGUUCACAAAUUCAAAUUGGUUUGCAUUCCAAGAUGAUAGAAUUGGUGAUACUUCUAUGAGCACCUCACCUGCUGAUGUGAUGGAGGAUAUUAACCUCAAUGGAAUGUCAAAUAGUAGCAACAGCAAUAGUGAUGAUGAAGUGGUAGUUGGAGAGGAGGAUGAAUUGGCUGAGAGCAAAAAUUCUAAUGCAAUACCCAACUCUAGUUCGAACCCCUUUAAUGGGUUCAGCAUAGCCAAUUCUGGUAAUGAUGGCGACUUUAAUCAACAGAAUGAGAAAGCAGACACCGCAACUGACAUGAUGUUCGAGACAUCAGGGAGUGAUGACCCCUUUGGAGACAGGUCUAUGCCUGAAUGGGUAGCAUGGGGGGAUGCCUCAAAUUUUCAAGUUGGUGGAUCCACCGUCAACCCAUUUGUAGACCAUAGCAACUCCGCUGACCAUCUUGCCAAUCUAGGGGAAAUAGGAACUCCACCACUUAAUUCUACUACUAGUUGUAGUGGAGAAUCUAUUCCAAAUGGUGUCUCAUCUCCUGAUUCUAGCAAAAGUUCAGGAUCUGAUUCUAGUCAGAAAGCAACCACUGUUCAUUCUUUAUUUGAAGAGGAUGUUGAAUUUGUCGGCGUGGAAUUGGAAGGUACUGAGAAGGCGAUGGAACAUGCUCUUAAAGAGGGGAUUGUUGGCGAAGCCGCUCCAUUGAAAAGGAGCAUUGUUCCUAAGGUACCAGAAAAGGAGAGCACAGAUGAUGGUGGGGCAGGAACAAAGGAGUACAACGAUGCAAACUACUGGAGGGUUGACCAAGAAGUUGCAGUGUCGGAAUAACUGUGGAGAUGUAUUGAAAACCUGGAAUCCAGAGCUACUAGCCAGGAUCCCCAACUACUAUCGAUUGGUGAGUUUAUGCAAGCACAUGUGUACAGUGUACUUUGGUUACAAUUGGGAUCAAACAAUAGGCUAAUGUAAGGUUUGUCACCAAUUAAUUAUUGUUACUCUUAUUUAUGUUUAUUAUAAUUCAGGUUAUGAUUUCAUUGUAAAGAAAUUUUGGUUUCUCGUCUGACUUUGUCAUCUUUCUGUAGUUUUAUGGAUUCUGGAGUAAAUCUCAGUUCUCCAUCCCAUUAAGAGCAGGCGUAAAGGCUGCCUUGUUGAGACUA